AUGAACAAUGAUAGUGAUUCAUUUGAUUUGGAUCCAAAUCUGGUGGUAAGUGCAUUACGGUCGCCGCUAAUAUUUGUCACUUCGUUUCUCUUCAAUGACGAGACACUUUUGGUGGUGAAAAAUCGAGAGUUGAGCGUUUUUGCUUAUUUGAAGGACCAGGAAUCACCGAUUUAUCGAUCGGAAACCUCGAAGACUGUUUUAGAGGUCCGGCCUUGUCCAGGUGCGGAGUUCAACGGGAAUUAUGCCAUUAUUUUCUACGAGUCUGGUGAAGUCGAAGUCAGAAACCACAGACUGCAAAUUUUGGACUCUGCAAAGCUCUCUUUGCUUCAACAGCACGACCAAAAGCCUCUUGUAGCCGUUGACGCGAAGUUUAGCCGGUUUUUUGUAACGUGGGACCGCCGGUCAGUGAUAAAAGUGAAUUAUGCAGUGGGCCCAACUACUUUGAAGCUUUCGACAUCCCAGAAUGCUUCAGAUGUGAUGUUCAGAUCCCCACACCCCAUACGGGCCCUCACAACUUGCUGGAAUACCGUGGAAUCCGAAGAUUUCUAUCAGAUGUGUAUCUUGUCACAACCUCUCAACAGCAACUUUCCUACGGUUGAAAUCUGGGAAGAGCUCGAUUUGAUCCGCAACAAGUGGGAACUGGUCAUUAAGAGUAAGAGCCUAGAUGCUUUGCCUCGCGAUGCGUCUUAUGGUCACGUAUCGCUCAUUUCCAGAACCAAUAUGGGCUUUGUGUGCUUUUUACCCACUUCUACGCUUAUUUACGAUGCCCAAAAGGCAUUUCUUUCGCAGAGACCACGUUUUGACACACUCAAGAAGAGUCUAAAUGCAAUAUUGGGACUAAAAACUGCCGAUGUUCGUAUUUUCCCUGCAUUAGAACAGUCGACGGGUCGGGCGCAACAGUUUAUUGGCUGUACGAAUGAGGGGGAGUUUUUUAGACUGCAGCUCAGCACUUUAUUUGAGAAAAAGGAGAACUCAGAGUGUGCAUCCUUAAUUUCGCCGGAAUUCAGUCGAGACAGACUAGAUUCUGUCGAUAACUGUAUACAUCUGCGUGGUUCUCAAUUUCUGAUCCCAACGACUCACAUGGGACUGAUUAUCUUUGACUUGAGCGAUAAAAAGUCCAUUGUCAUUCCCUGUAGGAUCGACUCUGUUCUAUAUUCCACGGUAUCCGGAGAUUUUGGGAAUUUUAGGCGUUUAUUAGUAUCUGGCGGGUCUUCUGGAAACGAAGGGUUUUUGGAAUGUACCUUUUUGGCGUGUGAAGCUUCUAUUCAUUUGAGCCCUCUAGCUCACAUCACUAAUCUGCGAAUCGUAGACUUUUGGCUAACGAAAAAGGGUGUAUUUUGGUUGGAUUCUAAUGGCAUACUAUACAAUGAUACUGGUCGGGUCACAUAUGGCAACGUGUUACACGUUGACUUGAAUGGUAUCUUCACCUUAUGCCAGGAUGACAUUCUUUUGGUCGAGCCUAUUAAAUUCACUCAGAAGCUAGUAUUUGUUAAGAAAAACGGGACAAUUAGUUGGGGUCAAGAUGGUUUAAAUUUGCCCAUCCCAGGCUUCGAAAGCGCCACCUCUACAUCGUAUCAUGUUUCUUCAACACAGUUACCUGAUGCCAGCGAAUUGACUGUGGUAAGUUGGAACUCAGAAUCUAUUUGGUUUUCCAGCAACAGAAGCAAAUCAGUUAAGCUGCUAGGAUUGUCUCAGGUAUGUGACUGCCUUGUGAAGGUUUGGGAAGAUAACACUUGGCUCAUAUUCAUAGACAUUUUCGGGAACACACAGAUCUACAAUACAGAUGGAACACUGCGUUCCCAAUUCAAAAUCAGCGGUCACAAAUUUUAUCUCCAAGACUUGCAGACCUCCAAUAGAUUUCUCAUCAGUUGUGUCGAUAGCAUAUUCAUGGUAAGUCUUCAGCAAUCAAAAAUCGAAGCUGGUGAAGUGAACUUGCCAUUACGCCUCAAAAAAAUGAAAGUGGCUCUUGGCACUACCUUGAUAGGCUUGGGUAAUGAUUCCAAUUUUUAUCAAUGUGACGUUUCAGAACUCCUGAACAGCUCUUUUCUGGUGACUAAGAAGUCUUACCGCAACCAUUCUCAUAUUUACACGAAGCACUUGACAAUUCCAAUUUCACGUCGAUUCGUAAUUACUAGUGCAGUAACUCAACGCUAUGAUAAAGCCCAAGAUAAGAUUGCUUAUGAAUCCGAAAUUCAUGUUCAUGAUAUUACAGCUGGACAGGUCGCACAAAAAUACCCAAUCUCUUCGUUGUUCCCUCAAGCUUUAAUCUCUGAUCUUUCAGCUCUAAAAUUUCAUAAAAGAGUGCUCUGGGGCAAAUAUUCAGACAAUUACACAUCUUUUGCGAAACAGCUUAUCUUUUCGAGGUGUUUUCUAGUUUCGCUGAGCUUUGACUUCGCAGAGGACGACUUACAAGAAAAUCUCCUGCUUUUUACUCUUGAUGAUGAGACUGGCGAAAUCGAGUUGCAACUGAAAACUCGCGUUGAGUUUAGUGUCACAUCCUUGUACAACUAUUCAAACCGAAUGAUUUUUGCUGCCGGUGAAUCCAUCCAAGCUUUGCUGCUGGAUUAUUCGGCCAAAGAGGGCUCUUUCAGUCUCAAAACUGUGUCUAAAGCUCUUACACUGGAUAGCUUUGCCGGCUAUUGUUUCGCGUUCUCGAGACAAGGCAAUCAAAGCGUAGUUUGUGAUGAGCAGCCUCGGGGUAAACGACAGAAAGUUUUAAGUCAGCAUGAGAUAAUUGGAGUCCAUAGCUUGGUUAAAGGAAUUCAAGAGCUUGAAAUAACUGCUGAUGUUGCAGAACGCAAAUUAAGUGGAGGAUUGACUUUGGGACUGAAAGAAGUAUUCAUAAAGCACCAGCGCAUUUCUGAUUACAGUGAGGCUUCACAUUACCUCUCAGACCUACGCUUCUCAUCUGACGUCAAGAUGGGGUUCAACGAGAAUCGGACACUCUCUGAUGCUUCGAGCUUUGCGGCUGUCAAUGAGGAUGGGGACGUUACCAUCAUGUAUUUGCAUCACGAUGAUGGUGAAGGUAUCUUUUUGGGAGCACAAUUUGCUGGUUUACCGUCGGUAACGGGACUCAGUCUUGCUGACAUCAGUUCUGCAGAGCAGAAUGGCGCCGAAAUCAUGGGCGGGUUGAACAGGACGUAUACGCAACUCCGCGAAAAAUUUAUGCCACUUUUCUUACUCAAUACUAGCAACGGAGGGUGCUACCUGGUCAGUACCAUUAUUUCCCAGAGAACGCUGGAGGAGUUCAUAGAGGCUUCAGGGACCUCUGAGACCUCAGUGCGGGAGCAUUUGAACUGCGAAGAAAUGCACUUAUUUGGCUCAGAUCAUAAGCUUGCUGAUGAGCCCAAGAACUGCAUAUUCGGCUGA